AUGGCAGGUGCCUACGACGCGAUGCUAGGAGAUUCUCUUGUCGCUCAGUCACGCACUCCAUCUCCGCAUCCCGUCAUUGGAUGUGGAGAGGAUUUGAACAUUGGAUGCGUGGAUGAGACACAAGAUGCACUCGCGGCGUACGGGAAUGCGUUGGCGUGGUACGUAAGUCGGGACGGCAAAUACGCGAAGAAGGCGAUAUCCUAUUUCAACGCGUGGGCUGGUACGAUCCAGGGCCACGCAAACUCGAGUGCGCCGCUCCAGACGGGAUUCGCGGGCACGUCCUGGGCGAAAGGCGCAGAAAUUAUCCGUCACACGUAUACAGGCUGGGGUGCAGACGAUAUUGCCAAGUUUGAGACAAUGCUUCGCGACGUCUAUCUUUCCAGAGUCAUAGAUGGCUCUAGUAGUGGCAGCCAGGAAUUAGUCAUGAUGGAAGCCACACAGAGUAUCUCUGUCUUUCUCAACGAUCGAGCCAGCUACGACAAGGCGAUGAACAAGUACCUCGGUCGUAUACCUGCUUAUAUUUACCUCGCCACGGACGGUGCAUAUUGGCAAGGACAAAUUGGGUUCGUCAAUGGGAUUGUGCAAGAGACAUGUCGUGACUUUGCCCAUACGGGUUAUGGCAUUGCGGCGAUUGGACACAUAGCGGAGACGUCGCGCAUCCAAGGCACGGAUCUCUAUGUGGGCGAAGUCGGUACACGGCUGCGCUAUGCACUGGAAUUUCAUUCGCUCUAUGAGUUGGGUGCCGCUGUCCCAAGUUGGCUAUGCGAGGGCAAGUUGACGUUAGGUUUGGGACCCAUCACCGAGAUUGGACUCAAUGCGAUGAAAACGAGACUUGGGUAUACGAUGCCAACAACUCAAAUUCUGACGCAGAUGCAACGUCCAGCUAGUACAACCUCGCUUCUCGGAUGGGAGACGCUCACACAUGCAGAAAACCCGGAGUAG